GUUCAUGGUACAUCAGUGACGCAUGAAAUGUUUUCAACAAAUUUAAUAAAGAAUAACUUUUUGGACUAUCUUUUGGAUAACAAAUAUGAUGUAUUUUUAAUCGAUUAUCGCAUUGCGCCGACAAAUAGUCAAAGUUCUAAACAGCAAACUCUGGAUCAAUGUGUUUUGGAUAUUAAAGCUGCUGUAAAUGAAGUUCGAAGAAUAACUGGGUGUGAAAAUAUUGCAAUGAUUGUUCAUUGCCUUGGCUCUGUUAUAGCUUUUAUGGGAUUACUGAGUGGAGAGAUUGAAGGCGUUAGUUCACUUGUUUCAUCUCAAGUGGGAAUGACUCCAAUCGUUGGUUUUUGGAAUCGUGUUAAAGUUAAUCUCCAUCUACUUCAAUUCUUACAAAAUGUUCUACACCAAUCAACAUUUGACGUACGUACUUCUCCACACACCACUUUAUUACAAAGCACUAUCAAUCAACUUUUAAGAUUCUAUCCAGUUCCAUCUGGUGGAGUGUGUCAAAAUGCAUUAUGUCAUCGAAACUCCUUAGCUUAUGGAACGCUUUAUAAGCAUGAAAAUCUAACCCAGCUCUUACAUGAUAAUCUUGAUCAAUUUAUGGGAGAAGUUAAUUUGACCACAAUGAACCAUUUUGCUAGUUGCGUAAGAGCUGGUGAAUUGGUGACUUAUUGGGGUGAAAAGGUUUAUGUCACUGAAGAUAAUAUUAAGAAUAGAUUGAAUUUCCCUAUUUUCCUAUUUCAUGGAAAUGAGAACGUAGUAUAUGAUGUUAAGGGAAUUAGAAAAACAUAUGAAAUGCUUAUUACUAUUAAUGAUCCCACCAAAUAUUCUAUACGUCACAUUCCUGGUUAUGGCCAUUUAGAUAGUUGGUGGGGUAGAAAUGCUCAUGUUGAUAUAUUUCCAAAGGUUUUAAGGCAUUUGGAGGACACAAAGAACGAUUAUGGUUAUGGAUAUAAAGCUAAAUCGGACAUAGAUUACUAA